UCCCUCAUGCAGCGCACCAUUGGUUUUCAGUUCUCUGCGGUACCUAGAGGAGUGAAGAUGUGUAUGCGUAGCUCCGACACCUAGCCUAGGGCGUUACAACUAUGUUAGAGGCGGGAUUAAUAAUUUGUUCAGAGUGACGGAUAAUAACUUAAAAAGUGAUUUAUACAAUCCAAACUAUUAUUGCUCACCAGUCAUCGACCAGGGCUCCUCGAGCAACUAAACUUUGAUCUGUAUACAGAGGACCUGGAGCAACUAUACUCUGAUAUACCAAGAACCUGAACACGGGAUACCUCAGCUCAAGGAGACUUUGACUCAAAGACACCUUGAGCCUAAGAAUCCUGAAAAUCGGCCUCCAAAGCCUCAAAUAUUUUCUUGUCGAACAUAGCACCUGAACCCUGAACUUUUUAAUUUAUAACUGAAUUGGUUCUCAACCUAAAACUUUUGAACACUAAAAGAAUCUAAAACUAAACUUUCAAAUCCUGAGCCGCUGAACUAGGAGCUUCUCACCCUGAGAACUUGAACUAGGGCCUGUUGAACCAAGUGCUCCAGGAACAGAGGAAGUAUGGAGAGGGAGAUCCCUGACGUAUUUAAUAUCUUCGCUUUAGGUAACCCGAGCCUACUGGAUAAGAGACGAGGAGGAAUACCUCUCCCUGGGAUAUCCUCAGCUAGAGAUGAUCAAGGAUACAGAUGGAGUCCAAGAUACGAGGAACAGCUGAAUAAAUGGCAGGACCGAAGUUCUCCGUGUGAGCGUCCUCGAACCUACGACAGGUUCUAUCAGAAGCUCCCUGGAAACUUCCAGGAACCACUCACAGAUAGCGCUAUCUCCGUCUGCUCUAGUGAAGAAAAUGAAAAGAUUGUGAACAGUGAUAAGAAAAAAAGAAAGACUAAAAAAAGUGAACGUCAAUCUCGAAAAGAGCUGCACUACUCUAGAACCUUGACGGAGCAUGAUGUAAGACACCUGGAGCGUCAUCUAUCCAUGAAACGAACCAUCAGAAAGAAGAUAAUGAGAGAUCUUCAGCAAGCAUUCGUCCAGGAUCCCCGGGAGUUCACAAAGGUGACCAGGAAACGAGAUAUAAAUAUGAAAAGCUUAAAUUUUGACCGGAAGAACGGAACUGGACAGUCGGAACCAAAUUUUCUAGAUAUGCUCCGGGAUAGUGAUGACUCAGGGAAUGGGUCUCCAACCAGGAAACCUUUCCUGAGCUGCAGGGAGCGGAGACGUAAACCAUCCAUCCUUGAUGAACCUCUCAAACCUCCGGAGCAGGAUCUGUUGUCCCUUGAGAGGAUAAAACUGGUUGAACCUGCUCCAGAUUACAAUCAGGAAGAAACUGAAGUUGGGAAAAGUAAAAAAUCUUUAUGGCAAAUGUUGACAGGCAGAAAGAAGAAGAAGUAGGGAAGAAGAACAAUAAGAAGAAAAUGGUUGCAUGAGUUUAAUCAAGCCUAGUAUCCGCUCAACCAACUAGUUUCUCAUUAAAAAUAUUUCAUCCUGUCGUAUUCAGCUGCAAGCUGGUAAACUUAUUCACGUAAUAUUAAGAAAAUGAUUCUGUAAUCUGUGGUUCGCAGGACGUGUUAGGGAGAGAAAUCAAGGUUCUGGUUUAUAUCAGAUAGACACCGCUAUAGAAUUAUGCACCCUGAGAAAUAUAUUCGGAACCCUGAGAGAAAUAAACAAUUUGAGUUCGUAUCACGAAUGUCAUUCACAGCUAACAAUAGGAGUUGUAAAUUCACUCUGAUUUCUACAAGGCGUUCUGUAAAAUCUAUUUGUAACAGCAGAGAAAGUACACCCAAUAAAAAUAAACAGAUUA